AGGUCAUUUGUGAUUUACAUGAGUUAAACCUUUUAUUUUCUACAGGAUGGCAACUUUUGCUCACUGCUGCUUUGUGCUGGCUUUAAUUAUUCACAUAGUCCAGGGCACGACAACAAGAUACUUCACCUAUGAGGAGGAUGCACCUGGAACAGAAAUAGGUAACUUAUCCAGAGACUUGAAGAUGGACCCCUCCGAAGGCCACGACACAUCCUUCCGUUACAUGCAGGAGAACAACUCCUCAGUGGUGUACAUGCGGGAGGCCGACGGGCUUCUGAGUGUGGCUGAGCUCAUUGACCGCGAGCUGCUGUGUCCCCGCACCCUGCGGUGUUUCAUCACCUUCGACGUGGUGGCUCUCUCCAGGGAAAAGUUCCAGCUCAUCCAUGUCGAGAUUGAAGUACGAGACAUCAAUGACAACGCGCCGGCAUUUCCUCGCAAUGAGACCACAGUGGAGAUUUUGGAGAACGUGCCCCUGAACUCUCGCAUCACUUUGCCAAUCGCCGUGGACCCGGAUGUUGGGGAAAACUACAUCCAGAGCUACAAUAUUUCCCCGAGCAGCCACUUCGCGGUGGAGGUGCGACAACGGGAGGAUGGGAUCAAAUUUGCUGAUCUGGUCCUUAUAAAGGAGCUGGACAGGGAAAUUGAGGACUCCUAUCUGGUGGAGGUGACAGCCACUGAUGGAGGUGUGCCCACCAAGUCAGGCUCCAUGACUGUUCACAUCAAUGUGCUGGAUUUCAAUGACAACGGACCCACUUUUGAACAUGGUUCGCUUAAGGUAGAGCUCAAUGAGGACGCGCCGGUGGGUCACCGCGUGGUGCGAGUGCACGCAUUUGACCCCGACGAUGGAGUCAACGGUGAAGUCAUGUACGCCUUUGAUGGCAUCUCGGCUGAAGCGGCGCGCAUCUUUCACCUCGACCCACACACUGGCGAUGUCACUCUGAGGGCCCGCGUGGACUUUGAGAAGAGGCGAUCCUACGAGCUGCGCGUCAAGGCCUCUGACUUGGGUGCCGAUCCGGUAUCGUCCAGCUGCAAGAUUUCCAUUGAUGUAGUGGACAUGAACGACAAUGCGCCUGAGAUCAACAUUAAGCCCAUGACGGCUAGUGCAGAGAAUGUAGCCUACAUCACCGAGGCCGCAGCCGCAGAGAGCUUCGUGGCGUUAAUCAGCACUUCAGAUCUGGACUCAGGCUCCAACGGCUACGUGCGAGUUAGCCUUCUCGGCCAUGAACACUUUACUUUGCAGCAAGCCUACGGCGAGACCUUCAUGAUUGUCACCACCUCACCUCUGGACCGUGAGAGGAUCCCUGAGUAUAACUUGACUGUUGUUGCUGAGGAUUUGGGCAGCCCCCCCUUUAAAACAGUCAGGCAGUACACCAUCAGGGUGACUGACGAGAAUGAUAAUGCGCCUCUGUUCAGUAAAUCGGCAUAUGAAGUCUCAGUCAUAGAGAACAACAUUCCGGGCUCUUAUGUCACCACUGUCGUGGCUCGUGAUCCUGACAUGGGCAGAAAUGCUAAGGUUUCCUACAAACUUCUGGACUCUGAAGUGCAAAAUGGGUCGCCAGUAUCCUCUUAUGUGUCUGUAGAUUCCCAAACCGGCUCUUUGUACACAGUCCGAUCUUUCGACUAUGAAACCAUCCAGGAAGUAGAGGUGGUCAUCCAAGCUGAAGACAAAGGUUCCCCCUCACUGACGAGCAUGUCGACAAUUAAAAUCCGUGUGGUGGACCAGAAUGACAACUACCCGUAUUUUACCUUCCCUGUCUUGUUUAACGACUCCGCCGAUGUACCGCUGCCCUUGAACGCCCCCGCUUUCUAUCUGGCUCUGCGCCUCUCUGCUGAAGACACUGAUGAGGGCGUGAACGGUGAGCUAUCCUACCACAUUUUGCAAGGGGACCUCAAACUUUUCAGUUUGAACAGAGACACUGGAGAAAUCAUCCUUAAACAAUGGCUGAAAGCCCAAAUCGGAGACAUUCUGGAACUCGUUGUUGCCGUUAGCGACCGUGGGCACUCGCCGCUCUCCAGCAGUGCCACCGUGCGCUUUGUGGUCACCGACACAGAGCCCGUCGAGGAUCAGGCUAUAGUGGUCUUGCAAUCAAGUGAUGAGGAAGGCCUCGCAGCAGGCUUGGACGGCUCGCUUGUCGUCAUCAUCCUGCUCAGUGGGGGGUGCACUCUGUUGCUUGCAGCUAUUGUAGUUGUAGCCGUCAGGUGCAAGGUGGUACGUGGUGGUGCAGGGCCUUCUAAAAGGGAGCCUCGCCUCAGCUUGUUUGACAGUCGGCCUCCCCUCGUGCCCACUCAUGGUAACAUAUACACUGGCCAGAGAGGCUUCUUUCUUGAGAGAACCUCCUCCAAUUUGGAUGAUUCAUGCAUGUAUGAGGAGAGGAGCAGCGACUCAGAAUCAAAGAUGAUCCUGUCAUCUAAGAACUUCCAACCAUCAUCUAUUUGGCAAGCUGACAAGUAUUGCUUGCAAGUGAGUGGCACGGGCAACACUGACCAGCUGAGCGUGAAGGACAGCGGCAAAGGGGACAGCGACUUCAACGACUCCGACUCGGACAUCAGCGGGGAUGCUAGCAAGAAAAGCUUUAGCACCUUUCACCCGAGACUAAAAAGUUCGUCCAGCACCGCUCACAGCUUAGCGGGGGACUUCCAAGGCACCUACUGUGCGAUACCGCCACAGUGCUUCAGGAACCCCAGGGACUUGGCAUAUACCAUUGGCUUCUCCCCAGCAACCAUUUUCAACGAUCUGCAUGGCUAUGCUCACUCCUGGAAAGACUCUAGUUACGGUACCAAUCCCAAGAAAGCAAGAAGUGGCGGCAUGCAGAACUAUACCAGAACCGGAACCCUCCCGCCUUACCUGCCCCAGCCGCAGGUGCAGAAUGAGCCCCAGGUUCACAUGCAAAGUCCAGAUAUUGUAACGGUGGCAACGGAAUUAGAAGUGGCCACAAUGUUUUGAGUUCGCACCUCAUGAAACCUGUAAAUAUUUGUAAAAACCAAUUAGCGUUUAUUUAUUAGCAUUU